AACUCACAUCGCAGAAGGGAAAGCUCACAAGAAUUGUAAAAUUUUACCAUAGAGAACGAAAGAAGAGACCUUUUUCUUUACAAAUUCUCAAAACGUUCUAACGACUUUGCGGUUGAAUUAAUCAUUGAUAAAAUGCAAUACGGAGUGAAUGUUAAAAAGUAAAAUAUCUAAAAAGAAAUAACAAAAGAGAAUCGAAACGGAAUCGAAAUUUGAAAUUGGAAAAAAAAGAAUAGAAGAGAGAGAGAGGAGUCAUUGAAGCGUAGAGAACCAAAAUACACAUACACACACUCUAGAGAAGAAAAAAAGUUCUUAAUAAGUUUCUUUAAUAUAAAAAGUUUUUAAGUUAUAAGGAAACCUGUAAAAAAAGUCACAUAGAAAUUGUUGAUGUGGUAAAGAAGAAGUAAAAAGGGAUGGAAAAUAUCUAUGAUAUCAUGGUUCAGUGACAAAAUCAAAGUGUAUAUAAAGAUAUCAAAAUAACAAGAAAAAAAAAUAUUUACAAGCUAAUAAUAUGGAUACAACCAAUAUAUUGAUUACACUUCUCCUCAUUAUACCUGUAAUCCACUCUUUAAGAGAUGUUCGUGUUAAGAUACCUUCAGCUGUCCGCAAAUCUGAUACCGUUGUUCUUAACUGUUAUUAUGAUAUGGAAGGAGAUAGUUUGUAUUCUGUAAAAUGGUAUAAAGGAAGGAGAGAAUUUUACCGUUAUUCGCCAAAAGAAAAUCCAGCAAUGAAAACAUUCCCAAUUGCAGGUGUUCAUGUUAUGCAAUCAGCAUCAAAUGAAAGUCAAUUAACACUAUCCAGCGUAACACCGGCGACGACAGGAAAAUUUUCAUGUGAAGUGUCCGCAGACUUUCCAUCAUUUCACACGAUGAUCGUUUCUGGUGACAUGGAAGUUGUUGAAGUGCCACACCAAUCACCACAAAUUCUAGGAAUCAGAGCACGUUAUAAGCCAGGCGAUAUAAUUCGAGGAAAUUGUACAGCAAAAUACUCUCGACCAGCAGCCAAUUUAACAUGGACGAUUAAUGAUGUUCCCGUAUAUCCACCAAUAACCAAGCCACAUAAACCACAAAAAAAUCAUAAAAAUGAAUUGGAAACAUCGACUUUGGGUCUACACUUUGUUGUGAACAGUCAGCAUUUUAUAAAUGGAAGACUUAAGGUGAAGUGCAUAUCACGAGUGCAUGAUGUUUACCAACAAUCUAAUGAACGAUUUAUUGAGGAGGAACGACCUCGUGUGACGAGUUUAGCGUCAUCGAAUCACAAUCAUAAUAUAGGUUUAUCAUAUAAUUCAUAUAAUCCAGAUGACAAUGAGAUAGACGAUAAGGACACGUACCUUGAUAAUAUUAAAGGCGACGCCUCGUCUCUCAAUGCUGGCUCAUUACAAACAUGCCAUUCAUCGUUAGUCAUUUUAACAAUUUCCACAUCACUUCUUCUCUUCAAUUAUCUCUUCAAAUUCAAUUAUGCUCUUGGAAGACUCAACUCAUCGUGAUCGCAUUAAGUAUAUAUACAUCUAUAUAGCUACCCUACGUGUUUGUGUGUGUAAAUGAAAUGGACGACAACGAUGGCAGCAACAGCCCACACUCCCCAGUCAGGAUGAGAAUGAAGAUGGAUAAAAAUACUGUUUUUAGGUGCGAGACCGUAGCGAAUCAUCAUGUAGCGCCGCUUCUUUUUCUAUGUGUCGUGUAUCGAUGACUUGCUCCUUCUCAACAAUUUAACAUGAUACUUAACAAUCAUCGAUGAGGAACUUUUUCACUUCCUCACAAUCUAUUCUAUUUCUUCUAACAUAAAAAACACAUUGUUAACCUCCCAUCUCCCUACCCCCAACAUUCAGAUUCUAUCUCUUUCAUUAUUCAAUCUCUAGUUAACCUGUACUCUGUAAAUAUUGAACCUAUUGUGGAAAGGAAAUCAUUGUUGGCUCUUCUCUCGAUGACAAUUCACGCGAUGCUUAUAAAACAUAGGCUGAUGAAAAUUUCAUAGACGGCUCUUGUUUCUGGUUUGUUUCAUGUGCUUUUCGUGUUCGGAGAUUUUUGUCACAUGGAAUUUUUAAUGGGAAUGUCAGACACAAUUUUGAGUGUCACAAAUUGGAGGUUUUUGAGGAAUUUUUAAGGUUAUGAGAGGAUUUUGUCGCUCUCGUUUUACAAAGCUGUGUCUAAUGGAAAUUAGUUUUAAAGGUAUAAAGACUUAAAUAUGAUUUUUUAUGCUUUAUACUUACUUUCAUGGUUAGGGCAAGUGUGGACCUAUUGCCAUGCUUAGAAAUCGUUUAAAGACAGCUCUUUCUUUCGUAAUUUUCUAACAGUUGAGUUCUGAGCCUUUCAAUACAUCCAAUCCAUUAAUUCUUCUUCUUAUAGUAAACAUCCUUGAAUAACACACCUCAUAAGCCUUACCAAGCAUCAAAUGCUUAACUAGGGUUAAUGGAAUAGAUGGAACUCCACCCUUGACAGAAAACUUCACUCGACUUCUCAAAAUCAUUCUUACAAUGCCUCUUGUCAUGUUGUGACACUUCCAAAGUUUUCUAAAUGCUCGCUAGAUAGAGUUUUGUGAUUGAAAGAUCAGUUUCUAGUAAGAAUCGAACCUAUAUCCUUAUUUAAGUCCUCACAAAAUGACUUUAACUGAGGUUAACAGUUUUUGUCAAUUGGCAAACUAUUAAAGCACAUCUAAUAUAACUUUUUACUAAUAAACUUAUCCUUAAAUUUUCAAAACUUAAUAUCCAUCAAAAGUUUCAAUCUGAGAAGAGCCACAAACGCACACACACACCACAAAAAAUACUCCAAAAAAAAACUUCUGUCAAAUCUUUAUCUUGAAAAUUUUUGACUUUAAAAACUUGUUUUUUCAUGCAUAACAAAAUUGUGUAUGAGUAUAAAUAAAAUAUUGAGAAGAUGUAUAUUCAUUAAUGAAAACAAGCCUAUAUAUAAACAAAAAAUCACAUUACAUUAAAAAAGAUAUAAAAAAAAGACAUUUAAGCCUUUAAGUCAGUCAUGAUAAUUGCCACA